AUGUCGCAUGAUGAAUUUCUUAUUACAUUUCAUCAAACCGGACCAAAUAAACAGAAUAUUAUUCAUUCCGAUAUGGAAGAUGGAAGAAGAUACUAUCCUAUUGAUAAACGAUUGUUCGGCGCCGUGUGUAACACACAUGUUGAACAUCGUGAUACAACUUCUAGUAAAACAAACUGUCAACUUUACCUUAGAAAGAAUACAGGAGAAAUACAUUUUACCAAACUUGUUGAUCAUCAAUGUGACAAUAAAACUUUAACAUUAGUACCAAAAAAUUCUACUGAUCGAAUAAUGAGUGAUCGAAAAAGUGAUAAUACUACUAGCGCAAGUAGCGGUAAAAGCGCAAAGCCAGGUCCAUCCAAUACUAAGCAAAAAGAUUACUUUCGUUUGGAUUGUAAACAGAUUAAAAUUAAACCUACAUCCGGUACUUUUGAUGAUGACCAUAUGGCCGUACGUUUUCAUCAUUCUACUCAUGAAAUGAGUCUGUGGUUGAACGCUUUAAAGAAUGAAGUUUUCAUCCCGUACGACCAGUUUACAGGAUACAGAAUUGCAGAAUACAAAGAACUAGAAAUCUCACUCUUACCCAACUUUAACAGAAGGUAUUAUCAAAACGGCGUUGAGAUUAAAACAGAUCCAACUAACGGUUUGUUAGAAGAAGCAACAGCAUUGAUUAUUAUACCACGACAAAAUGUCAACAUGUCAUGUUUGAUUGUAAUUGACAACCUCAUUGGAAAGUACAGAAACGAUAUAUCUAUACCAACCCGUACAAGGCCGGGCAUCAAUGACGACCCUGACGAAUCUGAUGAAGAGUAUUUGGUAAAGUUUACCAUGUUCGGAGAACGUGGAGGAGUUAUCGUACCACUAAAAAUCAGACUUGAAGAUAUAGUUCAGACUAUUAUGAAAAAAUUUAAGUUCGAAUUUAAAUACAAUUUGUUAACGUAUAAAAAUGGGGUGGGCGCUGUUAUUGCUAUUAAGGAUCAUGAAGAUUGGAGAGUUGCUAAAUGGGAAUCACAAUAUACCGAUAAAGCUUGUGUGGAUCUUUAUUUUACGUGA